GUUGAAGCGUUGUUCCUCAGAAUGUAAACACGACAGCUCGGGUGAAAACCGAAACGCAGGAAACUUUUAAGCACUGUUUAAUGAUACAUUAUUUAAAGUAGCUAGUUAGCUAAUAAGAUGUAAAUAUAAAUCGUCACUCGUGUAUGUUCGUAACGCGGGCGUGUCAGUUUAAUACUGUUUAAUUACUCGAGCUAACCCACGCUAGCUUGCUAAAGGUAAUUACAGGCUGUUUAUAUCCAACACACGGAGUAUCAUUUUGAUCUCCUGGUGGGAACAGGAGGAAAGAUGAGUGGCCGUGGAGCAGGGAGAGGUUCCUGGAGAGGGUCCUGGAGAGGUUCCUGGAGAGGUGGAGGAGGUUCCUGGAGAGGUGGAGGAGGUUCCUGGAGAGGUGGAGGAGGUUCUUGGAGAGGUGGAGGAGGUUCCUGGAGAGGUGGCAAAGGCGCAGAGUCUGGUGGAGGUGGAAGUAAUGGCAAUAGAGGUGGAGGAAGAUGGAAUGGAGGAAAAAACAGAGGCUGGAGAGGUCAUACAUGGGGAAGAGGAGGGGGCAAUAAUUCACCCAGUAACACACAACGUGGUGCAGAGAUGUCUUCACCAGUUCCUUGUUCAACCCAAGCAACACUUGACAUAACUUGUCCUUACAAAGGAUGGAGGCUCUACUUUACAGAAGGUUUUGUUGAAUCUUCACCUUAUGUUGAGAAGAUAAAGGCAUUUGAAAAAUACUUCACUUCACAAAUAGAUCUUUAUGACAAGGAUGAAAUUGAAAGGAAAGGCAGCAUCAUGGUGGACUACAAAGACUUGCUUGUGAACAAACAGAUUUCCGCAGCACUACCACUUGCUCAUGAGCUUAAAGACAUGCCUGAAAAGAUACUUGACUGCUUGGGCCUAGCCAUUCAUCAGGUGUUGACGAAGGAUCUGGAAAAGCAUGCAAAUGAGCUACAAGUCCAGGAAGGGCUUCCUGCAGGCGCAACCCCUAUUAUUAGCAUACCACACAUAAGUGCUAGGAUUUAUAACUAUGAGCCUCUCACUCCAUUGAAGAUGCUCAGAGCCAACUUAUACGGCAAGUUUGUGGCUAUUAGAGGCACUGUGGUGAGAGUUAGCAACAUCAAACCUCUUUGCAGCAAGAUGGCGUUCAUCUGUAACAUGUGUGGAGACACUCAGAGUCUGGCUCUGACUGAUGGGAAAUACACUGUACCCACUAAGUGUCUAAAAAGAGAAUGCCGUGGACGAUGUUUUACCCCAAACAGAAGUUCACCACUAACGCUGACAGUCGACUGGCAGACUAUAAAGGUUCAGGAGCUGAUAUCAGAUGACCAGCGUGAAUCAGGACGUAUUCCCCGGACCAUCGAGUGUGAGCUCACUCAGGAUUUGGUGGACAGCUGUGUACCAGGAGAUAUGGUCACCAUUACAGGAGUUAUUAAAGUCUCUAAUGAGGAAGGGUUUGGAAGAAAUAAAAAGGACAAGUGCAUGUUCCUUUUAUACAUAGAAGCAAACUCUCUCAGUAACUCAAAAGGGCGAAAGAACAAGUGUGUGUCUGAACCUGAAGGCCAGGAGACAUCUGUAGAGUUUUCGCUCAAAGAUCUCUACGCCAUCCAGGAGAUUCAGGCACAAGAGGACCUCUUUAAGUUAAUUGUCAAUUCUCUUUGUCCAGCCAUCUAUGGGCAUUUGCUUGUUAAGGCAGGAUUAGUCCUGGCUUUAUUUGGAGGCUGUCAUAAAUAUGUGGAUGAUAAGAACCGAAUCCCUAUAAGAGGAGACCCACACAUGCUUGUCGUAGGAGAUCCUGGACUUGGCAAAAGUCAGAUGUUACAGGCAGUAUGUAACGUCGCCCCACGUGGCAUCUACGUUUGUGGAAACACCACCACCACCACAGGCCUGACUGUCUCCCUGUCCAAGGACAGUGGCUCUGGAGACUAUGCACUAGAAGCUGGAGCUUUAGUGUUAGGAGAUCAAGGUAUCUGCUGUAUUGAUGAAUUUGAUAAGAUGGGGAAUCAGCACCAGGCCUUGUUGGAGGCUAUGGAGCAGCAAAGUAUAAGUUUGGCCAAAGCUGGAAUUGUCUGUACUCUUCCAGCUCGCACCUCCAUCAUUGCAGCAGCUAACCCAGUGGGAGGACAUUACAAUAAAGCUAAGACAGUAUCUGAAAACCUGAAAAUGGGCAGUGCUCUGCUAUCCAGAUUUGAUCUGGUCUUUAUUCUUCUGGACACUCCCAAUGAAGACCAUGACCACAUGCUGUCAGAACACGUCAUGGCUAUGCGUGCAGGGAAGAAAGGCGUGAUUCGCGGUUUGACAGCCACUAGGGGCUGCGCACAGGAGUCCAACAUAUCCAUUCUGGAGAUUCCCUCAAACAAGCCUCUCUCAGACAGACUGAAGGUGCUUCCUGGAGAGACUUUUGACCCAAUUCCUCACCAGCUGCUGCGUAAAUAUGUAGGCUACGCCCGGCACUAUGUGCAUCCCAGUCUCUCAGUCGAAGCUGCUCAGGUCCUACAGGACUUCUACCUGGAACUGCGCAAGCAGAACCAAUCAGCUGACAGCACCCCAAUCACAACUCGCCAGCUGGAGUCCCUCAUCCGCCUCACUGAGGCAAGGGCACGUCUUGAGCUUCGAGAAAAAGCUACUCAAAGUGAUGCAGAGGAUGUGGUGGAGAUCAUGAAACACAGUUUGACAGAUACCUACUCAGACGAAUUUGGCCGGCUGGAUUUUGACCGAUCUCAGCUUGGGUCUGGGAUGAGCAACAGAUCAAAAGUCAAGAAGUUUGUUGCGGCUUUGAACCAAAUCGCUGAGCGCACCCACAAAACCUUGUUUGAAAUUCAGGACCUGCGACAGCUGGCUAAAGAUCUCCAAGUUCAGGUUGUUGAUUUUGAAGGCUUUAUCAGCGCACUCAAUGAACAAGGCUACCUGCUAAAAAGAGGACACAGAACAUACCAGCUGCAAACCAUCUGAAUGAAAACAACUUAUUUGUACAUAUGUUACAGAAAGAGAUUUAUAAAAACUUUUAAUGAAUUUGAGAAUUUAUUGUAUAAUAUCUUCUAGCAUAACUUAUUUAUGGAUAUACACUCAGUCGCUCCUUUAUCAGGUACACCUAACUUGUACCAACACUCACUGACCAUUUUAUUAGAGACAUGUACCAUAUAGGUGCACUUUGUAGGUGCAGGAUUACCGAUUGCAGCUCAUCUGUUUUUGUGCAGUUUGUCAGUCCCAUCUGUCUGUCCAGGGAACCAUCAUAGGACCAUGCUGACCAGAUAGAAGGAACAUCCUCACUAUAGCAGAGUCACUUUUGUGUGUGUGUGUGUGUGUGUGUUACUGGUAUGAGUGGAUCAAGCGCAGCAAUGCUGGUGGGCUUUUUGACCUCCUUGUCACCGUUCAGUUAAGAAUAGUCAAACUAAUAAAGAAAUAUCCAUCCAGCAGUGGUUAUUUACACUCUCUGAUCGAAAGGAUUAACUGUCAUCUAUAACGAUACACAAACCAGGUAGUUCUAUCUAAUAAAGUUGCCAACUCCAGCAAUGUUUCUGCAUCUGACCUGCUUCACCAGUGCCAUGCACACCACCAUGUCAGCUUCAGUACUGUACUGAAUAUAGUACCCAAAUAAUAUCUGGUCAGUAUGGUCCCUUUCAACUGAUGGACAGGUAGAAGGGGUCAGAUUGCUUACAGCAGAGAUGUGCUACAGCACAGGUUUACAGCCCUGGUAUUGGAGAACCCCUUGUCCUGCAUAUAGUGGUUUCCCUGCUCUAACGUCCAUUGCAACUCAGGAGGGGCUGCUAAAUAGCUGAUUGGUUGAAUCAGGUGUGUUAGAGCAGGAAAUCCAGUAAAAUGUGCAGGACAGAGGGAGCUCCAGGGCCAGGGCUGGGAACCUGUGGGCUACAGUCAGGAGUUUUAAAGUUUACAAUGUGAUCAGUGUGGACCUGUGGUAUGUGUAGCUUGUAAAAUGGAUCUACAUUAUUUUGUUUGUAUUUCUUGUUACUGCAAAUUAAAGAAAGACAAUAUUAAUUGGUACAA